AUGGCUUUACAUCAGUUUGAUUAUAUUUUUGCCAUCACGAUGCUCUUUGCAUUUUUGGAUGCAUUUAAUAUUGGUGCAAAUGACGUUGCUAAUUCUUUCGCUUCUUCGAUCUCCUCUAGAUCCUUGAAAUACUGGCAGGCCAUGGUGUUGGCUGGCCUUUGUGAGUUUUUGGGUGCCGUCUUGGCCGGAGCAAGAGUGUCAGGAACUAUCAAGAACAAUAUCAUUGACGCCAGUACAUAUGCCGACGAUCCAGCCGUUCUAAUGUUAACUAUGGCGUGUGCAUUAGUUGGCUCUGCAACUUGGCUAACAUUUGCCACUUCGAUAGGUAUGCCUGUUUCUACAACACACAGCAUUGUCGGUGGCACUAUUGGAGCGGGAAUUGCAGCUGGAGGAGCAAGUGGUGUUGUAUGGGGAUGGAAAGGGGUCUCUCAAAUCAUUGCCUCGUGGUUCAUCGCUCCAGUUCUAGCUGGUGUUAUUGCUGCAAUAAUAUUCAUGAUAUCGAAGUAUUGUGUAUUAGAGGUUAAAUCGAUUGAGAGAUCAAUCAAAAAUGCUCUUCUUUUGGUCGGGCUGCUAGUCUUCGCAACUUUCUCCAUUCUUACUAUGCUAAUUGUAUGGAAGGGAUCGCCAAAUCUCAAAUUGGACAAACUUUCUGAGACGGAGACUGCAGUUUCUAUUGUAGUUACUGGAGCAGUAGCGACAGCCAUUUAUUUCAUUUUCUUCUAUCCGUUUUACAGAAGAAAAAUACUGCAGAAAGAUUGGACUUUAAAACUUAUUGACAUCCUAAGAGGCCCUGUAUUUUACUUUAAGUCUACUGAAGAUAUUACACCAAUUCCUGAAGGGCAUCAGCUGACUAUUGAUUAUUAUGAAGGCAGAAGGAUUGCAGAAGACUCCAUGGUAGAUGUCGAAGAUGAAGAAAACAAGGGUGUUGAGAUAAAUUCAGCGAGUAUGAAAGAAGGUAAAAGCGAUUCUAUAAGAGAACUGGAUUUGGUCGAUACUCAAACUGUGACAGAGAAAAUGUCCACAAAACAGUAUUGGUUUUCUUUAUUGAAAAUGGGUCCCAAAAAGUGGCCUACGCUGCUUUGGUUAAUUGUCUCUCAUGGAUGGACGCAAGACGUUAUCCACGCACAGGUAAACGAUAAAGACAUGCUUUCAGGUGAUUUGAAAGGUAUGUAUAAGAGGUCUAAAUUUUAUGACAACAGAGUUGAAUAUAUUUACUCUGUUUUGCAAGCCAUAACAGCCGCAACAAUGUCGUUUGCACACGGAGCCAAUGAUGUCGCCAACGCUACAGGUCCUUUAUCUGCUGUGUAUGAUAUUUGGAAAACUAACACCGCAGGUUCUAACUCUGAAGUUCCUGUAUGGGUGUUAGCUUAUGGUGGUGCCGCUUUGGUUAUUGGUUGUUGGACAUAUGGUUACAACAUCAUCAAAAAUCUCGGAAACAAAAUGAUAUUACAAUCACCAUCCCAUGGUUUUUCUAUUGAGUUAGCAGCAGCGAUUACAACUGUUAUGGCCACGCAGCUGGCUAUUCCAACUUCUACUACACAAAUUGCUGUUGGAGGAAUUGUGGCGGUCGGACUAUGUAACAAAGAUCUGAAAUCAGUUAACUGGAGAAUGGUUGCAUGGUGCUAUUCUGGUUGGUUUUUAACCCUUCCAAUUGCAGGUCUUAUUGCUGGGAUUUUGAAUGGUAUUAUUCUCAAUGCGCCACGUUUCGGAGGUGAAUAUCAGAUGACCAAGUAA